GUCAUCGAGAAGGCCCACAACAACGAGCUGGAGCCCACCCCGGGGAACACCCUGCGGCAGACCUUCGAGAACCAAGUGAACCGCAUCCUCAACGAUGCCCGCGACAAGACGGGUUCCUCCGCCCAAAAGUCCCUUUCCGAAUACAACAACUUCAAGUCCAUGGUGGUGUCGGGUGCCAAAGGCUCCAAGAUCAACAUCUCCCAGGUGAUCGCGGUGGUGGGACAGCAGAACGUGGAGGGCAAGCGGAUCCCCUUCGGCUUCAAGCACCGCACCUUGCCCCACUUCAUCAAAGACGAUUACGGUCCCGAAAGCCGGGGCUUCGUGGAGAAUUCCUACCUGGCCGGUCUCACCCCCACCGAGUUCUUCUUCCACGCCAUGGGUGGGCGUGAGGGUCUCAUCGACACCGCGGUCAAGACGGCCGAGACCGGGUACAUCCAACGACGGUUGAUCAAGUCGAUGGAGUCGGUGAUGGUGAAGUACGACGCGACGGUCCGUAACUCCAUCAACCAAGUGGUGCAGCUGCGCUACGGGGAGGACGGGCUGGCGGGCGAAAGCGUCGAAUUCCAGAACCUGGCCACCCUCAAACCCUCCAACAAGGCCUUCGAGAAGAAGUUCAAGUUCGACUACACCAACGAGCGGGCGCUGCGGCGGACGCUGCAGGAGGAGCUGGUCAAGGACAUCCUCUCCAACGCCCACAUCCAAAACGAGCUCGAACGCGAGUUCGAGAAGAUGCGGGAGGACCGCGAGGUCCUGCGGGUCAUCUUCCCCACCGGCGACAGCAAGGUCGUGCUCCCCUGUAACCUCCUGCGGAUGAUCUGGAACGCCCAGAAGAUUUUCCACAUCAAUUCCCGUCUCCCCUCCGAUCUGCACCCCGUCAAGGUGGUGGAGGGGGUGAAGGAGCUGAGCCGCAAGCUGGUGAUCGUGAAUGGGGACGACCCGCUGAGCCGGCAGGCGCAGGAGAACGCCACCCUGCUCUUCAACAUCCACCUCCGCUCCACCCUCUGCAGCCGGCGCAUGGUGGAGGAAUUUCGGCUCAGCGGGGAGGCCUUCGACUGGCUGCUGGGGGAGAUCGAGUCCAAGUUCAACCAGGCCAUCGUGAGUUUUGGGGACGACCUCAACUGCAUCUUCAACGAUGACAAUGCGGAGAAGCUGGUGCUGCGGAUCCGCAUCAUGAACAGCGAUGAGAACAAGAUGCAGGAGGAGGAGGAAGUGGUGGACAAGAUGGAUGACGACGUUUUCUUGCGCUGCAUCGAGUCCAACAUGCUGACGGACAUGACGCUGCAGGGCAUCGAGCAGAUCAGCAAG